GGUGUGUGUGUUCUCUGUGUUUCAGGUGCUCUGCAGGUGGACAUCAUGCCGGCCCAGGGGGAGAUCAGUGUGGGAGAGGGCAAAUUCUUCCUCUGUGAGGUUGUGGCAGGUGCCAAGGAGAUCGACUGGUUUUCUCCGUCGGGGGAGAAGAUCGAGCCGAACCGCCCGGACAUCACGGUGACCCGGACCGACGAGACCACGUCCACCCUCACCCUCUACAGCGCCACCCUGGACGACGCCGGCACCUACAAGUGUGUGGCGCGCCGCGGCAGCGAGGAGGGAGAGGCCACCGUCAACGUCAAGAUCUUCCAGAAAAUCCACGUUUCAAGCACGCGCCGUCGCCCCAGGAGUUUAACGAGGGAGACGACGCCAUCAUCGUGUGUGACGUGUUCAGCUCGCCCCCCCCCCACAUCAUAUGGAAACACAAAGGAACCAAGAUUCAGGGGAGAAGGACGAGGUUUCAUAUAUUCAUACUUCAUGUUUAAUAUGGCUCUUUGGGCAGAGGUCCGCUUUAAGGUCCUGCCCAACAACCACCUCCAGAUCCGCGGCAUCAAGAAGACGGACGAGGGCACCUACACGUGCGAGGCCCGCAUCAUGGCGCGCGGAGAGAUCGACCUCAGGCCCAUCAGGGUGGUCAUCAACG